AUGAAAGAGGUCAGAUCUUUGAUUGGUUUUAAUGUUUUAGUUGAGGAAAUGAAGGAAAGAAAUUCACAUUUAGAUGAUAUGGAUUAUGUUGAAAUGGACUUAACUGAACCAAUGGAUCUACUUGACUCGGAUUCCUUUACUUGCAUCAUUGAUAAAGGUACUUUAGAUUCAGUAGCUUGUUCUGAAUAAUACUCUUAAAGAGCUAAACAAAUGGUAGAAAAUGUGCAUAGAAUACUAGCUCCAGGAGGUAGCUACAUCUGUGUUUCUUAUGCUAGACCAGAAACAAGGUUGAUUUACCUUAAAGACCCAAAUUUUAAAUGGAAAGUGGACACCAAUAAGAUAGCUAAAAAGUCUUCAAUAGAGUUAUUUGAAAGACUAGAUUAAGAAUAGUUUUAUUAUGUCUACAUUUGCACAAAAAACUAUUGA